AUGGGUAGAGAUAUUAAUGAUUCGUUAGGGCAACAACAGUGUUCAUUACAACAAAUACAAAAUCAUUUAUUAAAAGUUGUUGAUCAAAAUAAAGAAAUGUAUGAUGAGCCAAAAAGAUUACAUGAUGAAGUUCAAGAACCACGAAUUGAAGUACAACAACUACAUGAAGAAGUACGUGAAAUACAUGAAGUCAAACAGCGACAUGAUGAAUCAAAAUAA